AUGCAAAAGCGUAUUGGAAGACUAUCGGAAACUAAACUAAAUGCAGUCAAUCUAUUUAGAGCAAUUAAUGAGCAUGCUCUAUCGCUGAUUAACUAUUAUAUCGGUCUACUCGAUCUGGAACCAUCUUGUUUCGAAGAAAUGGACAAGUUUGUCAGAAAGCUGUUGGCUGAUUUGAAAAUUCACAUGAAGCCAGCCUGUAAAGAAAGACUGUAUCUGCCAAGAGAUACACUUGGAAGGGGACUUGUAUCAGUUACCUUUAAGGCGGAAAAAAUGCUGUUGGACUUCAAAACCAAUUUGGAAAGGCGAAAGUUAAUCUCCUUGAGAAAAGCAGCAAUUUUGUGGGCCGAACAGAAAAGGAAAACCCAUAUGGCCACAAUCACAGAAUUCCUGCAUUGUAAAUAUGGAACAACCACACUCGAUGAGAUUGAAUCACUACGUGACUUGCAGAUAGAGUCACUGUUGCUUAGUAUUAAAAAGAAAGGUUGCAUUCGAAGCUAUUUGAGUCGCUUGAGAAUAAUACUUUUGAUAUCCCAACAUCUUCAACAUGGCUAA